UGUUGUCUUCUUCUUCUUCUUCUUCUUCUUCUUCUUCCUUUUCGAGACUCUCUUUACUUAAAUUCCUGCUUUUUUUAAGAAGCCUAUGCGUUUGUUAUUGACAAAGUUAUAACCUGUCUGUCUUGUAAUUCUUGUAGAUGAGCAGCAGAAGAUCAGUGAAGAGAUCAUUGAUUCUUGAUGAUGAUGAUGAAGAUGAAGAUAUAUUCUACACCUUCAAGGUCCUUCUACCUAACGGCACUAGUGUGAAACUCACAGUUAAUAACCCAGACCCUGAGAUGUCGAUGCAGAAUUUUGUCAACCUGGUGAAGAAGGAGUACGAUAAUGCGCGUAAAGAUUGUGUUUUGUUGUCUAAGAGGACGAAGGUUGAUUGGAACUCAGGCGGAAAGUUUCAUCUUGAGUCAAAUGGUGAUAAGAUGAAAGGCUUUGUUCGCUUUGCUGCGUUUAAGCCCAACUUGUGCCAUAUAAUACGUCUUGAUGACGGCUCUGGUAUAGCUUUCACCAUGUAUGAGAACUUAUGGGAUUUGACACCUGAUACUGAUCUUCUUAAAGAACUACCUGAAAAUUAUAGCUUUGAGACAGCUCUCGCUGAUCUAAUAGACAAUUCCUUGCAAGCUGUCUGGCCUUUUCGUGAAGGAGCUCGAAAACUGAUUAGUGUGGAUAUUUCUGGUGACCGGAUUACAGUCUUUGAUACUGGGAGAGGAAUGGACAGUAGCGAGGAAAGUUCUAUUGAUAAAUGGGGUAAAAUAGGGGCCUCAAUACAUAGAUCUCAAAAAACCGGUGCUAUUGGAGGCAAACCACCAUACCUUAAGCCAUACUUUGGGAUGUUUGGAUACGGAGGUCCUUAUGCUUCUAUGUUCUUGGGAAGGCGUACUUUGGUGUCUUCUAAGACAAAAGAUUCCAAGAAAGUGUUCACUUUGCAAUUCAAGAAAGAAGCCUUGAUUGACAAUCGGUCUAUCUUGGGAAAAAACUGGAAGACUGAUGGUGGCAUGAGGGACCCGUCGGAGGAGGAAAUGAAGUUAUCGCCUCAUGGAAGCUUUACAAAGGUCGAGAUAUUUGAAUCAGAAUUUGACAUCUCAAAAAUAUAUCAACUCCAGUGCAGGCUUAAGGAUAUUUACUUUCCUUACAUCCAGUGUGAUGAACUCUCCAAAACUGGGAGGACUGAAAGGCCUGUAGAGUUUCAGGUCAAUGGGGAAGAUUUAGCUGAGAUAACAGGUGGAGAGGUUGCCAUUACCAACCUACACUCCAAGGGUCAAGUAUAUUCAUUUCAGAUUCGAUUCACUCUUACCGGUGGGAAAAGAAAAGGGACAAAUCAAGAGGCAAAUGCUCGCCUUAAGUUUGUCUAUUUUCCAAUUGUCCAGGGAAAAGAAAACAUUGAUAAAAUUUUGGAGAGUUUAGAAGAGGAAGGAUGCAAAGUUUCUGAAAGCUUCCAGACUUUUGGUCGUGUUUCAGUAAGAAGGCUUGGUCGUUUACUUCCAGAAGUCCGUUGGGAUUCAAUACCGUUUAUGCAAAGAGGAAACAGAGCGUCUACUUUGCAGAAAGGCUGCCGAAGAGUAAUAUGCUUUGUUGAUUUGGAUGCUGGUUUUAGCCCAACGCCUUCCAAAACUGACCUUGCGAGCCAAAAUCCUUUCUCAGUGGCUUUAAGAAACUUUGGUAGUAAAUCGACAGAGAAAGAGAAGGAUGAUGAUGUCACUAUUGUGACUCAUAGAGAAGGAAAAUCUGUUAGCUAUGCGCAUCUGGAUGAAAAAUAUCAAGAAUGGGUUUUGGAGAUGCAUAAUACCCAUGAUGAAGAAGCUGCAUCGGGUGCAGAUGAAGCUGUCCUCAUUGUUGGAUCCUUGGAUAAAAAGGCCCUUGGCAUUUUGCGUGAUGCUGUGAGGGUGCACAAGGAAGUUACGAGAAAAGGAAUGUCAUGGAAACGUGGUCAGAAUAUAAAGAUUCUGAGAGGAGCUUAUGCUGGGGUUCACAAUAACAAUGUGUACGCCACCAUUGACUAUUUCCUAAUAGAAGGGUUUGAGGACGAAGCAGGCGGGGAUACUCGGAUUUUAUGCAGGCCAAUUGAUCGCCCUGAGAAUGAGGGAUGCAAGCUUUCAAUCAUCGACGGAAUUUCGAAACUGGAAGUUCGGAGUUCUUUAUCUUUACCUAUCACUAUAAUCGACUCUGGAAAGUGCCUACAUGUAGAUGCAAACGAAUGGAAUAGAAAACUUGAUAAGCAACAGGAAAAGGCACCGUCAAAAAUUGAUUUGCUGGAUGAGAGAGAUUGCAGAGAAUUGAAAAUUGAUGGGGAACUACCGGUUGGUGAUUCUGUGCGUGCUGGGAAAGCUACCCCGAAACAGAUUGUUGCAGUUGUCCGACCUGCAUGCUUCACGUCUUCAACUCCCUCAAAGAAGUUGGACCAGAAACAUAUUGUUAAGAUGGAUGGGGAAGAAAUGGUCAUGGUAGUAAAAUUGAAAUCGAGUGAUAAGAAUGUCAAACCUGUGUGUUCGCAGCGCAUGUUUCCUACAUCCCGUAAAGGGAUUAGUGGUCUUUACAUCUUCCCACUUGGGUCCAAGUUUCCAAACCUUUUCAAGAAAGCUGGCUCUUACAAAUUUUCUUUCUCCAUUGGCAACUCAAUUAAGUGCAACAAAACGGUGGUUGUUAGACCUUCUUCUAAGGCAGCAAGGUGGGAACUUGACGAUAAUCUGGAGUCCCUUCCGUGCAAUGUUCGGGUGGGUUCUUCUCUUCCACCUUUCCGUAUAGCUUGCUUUGAUGAGUACAAAAACCAGAUUCAGUUCUCUUCUGUUCCAAGCCUGGAAGUUGAACUGGAAGCUAACCCUGGAUUCUUAAUCAAAAUUGAUAAAAUUGAGACCAACCUGAUAAACGAUGGAUCAAUUCUGAAAAUCGAGAAUAUGCUCGUUGAGACUGAUGGGUUAGACCAGAUCCGACCUAAUUAUGAAGCAACACUAGAGAUACGAGCAAUGGACAAGCCUUUCUCUGUCUCGGUUCCUUGUAAAGUUAAUCCUGGGCCUCUAAAACGAGUUGCUGUGAAUAAUCCCGAGGCUUUGGAAAAUUUGCUUCCAGAUUCCACUGUCGAAGAUUUGAUCCUGGAGAUGUUCGAUGGAUAUAAUAACCAUGUUGCAGAGGGGUCCGAUGUUCUGAUACAUAUUGAUGGUUAUCGUAUUGAAGACUGGAUGGGCAUCAACCGUAAGGUUGAUGGUCGUGGCUGCAUUGAUCUCUCUGGCAUUCUUAAGGUCACAGAAGGCUAUGGGAAAUCUGUAUCACUCUCUGUAAUGUCUGGUGAUGAAGUGAUCUUCAGGAAAGAGUCUCAAAUUGAGGAACGAGAGCUAAGACUUGUAACCGAGCUGCCCGACUGCUGUGCUGCUGGUUCAAAUCUCGUGAACCUCAUCUUCCAAGUGACGGAUUCAGAUGGUUCUUUGGAUACUCACAUCCAUCAUGACGAAAAAUCCGGGUGUUUCCAUACAAUGUGCAUUGAAUCUGAUUCAAGAAGCGUUGAGAGUGCAAUCAGAUAUGCCUUUGUCCACGGUUCCUGCAAAGUGCCUUCUCUUUCCCUACCUGAGAACGAGGGUGUCUUUUCUUACAGGGUGUUCCAUUCUCGAUAUCCCGAGCUGCAUAUGAGCGUAAAGGUAACAUGUGCUCCCACAUUUGACAGAGAUGAGAUUGGGUAUUCGACACCGCAUUCAAGAGCAACUCCACCACCUGAAUCAGGGAUGCCUUCAAUUACAAAUCCACCGGCGACUCCAUGUUCACAGUUUGGAGUUUUGGCCAUUAGGUCAUCAUCAUUGGCUCUCAGUAGCCAAACUGGCCUGAUGGAUAUAGCACAGUACACUGAGAGUUUAAAAGAAACAAUCAAUAGUGACGAAGAACUCCGAGUUGAAUUAGAUAAGCGCCUAAAAUGUUUGCAGGAUCAACAUGAACAUGUUGAGCAAGAGUGUAGUAGACUGCAAGCUUCUCUGGAACCUCUUGGCGCAUCAUUUCCAGAAUGCCUAUCUACCAAAGAAUUAAUGAUGAAGCAAAUCGAAGAUAAGCAUCAUGACACUGCAGCAUCAGUGUUCUGUUGUCUGUACAGAAAGGCUCCGCCUCCACAGUCUCUGUUGCUGUCAAAGAAAGGAAUGUUUGGCCUAGUAGCGCUUCUCGGUUCAGUUGCCCCCACGUCACUAAGCAGGGUUUUGUCUGAAUAUUUGGGGAAAGACACAAUGCUUUCGUUGGUGUGCAAAUCAUCACAAUUUGGACCCAAAAGCGAUGAGUAUCGCAAGCUUCAAUCUGAAGCAGCUAGCCUCGGACGAUCUAUCACCAAUCGGUUUCUAGUUAUUUGUCUUGAUGCAAUUAGACCUUGGAGGAACGGACUUGUGAAGAAUGAUCCUCAGAAGAGAUUAGCCAUGGAUAACCCAUACCUGCCGAAUGGAGAUCCUAUACCGGGCUUCAAAGGCUAUGCCGUGAACAUGAUAGAUUUAGCUUCAGAGGAGCUGAAUAUACUAUCAAGCUCGGGUUUCGGGCUUAGGGAGACGCUGUUCUAUGGAGUUUUUGGAGAGUUGCAGGUAUAUGAGACUGGAGAGCACCUUGAAGCAGCUCUUCCUCACAUCAAUGGUGGAGAUGCCGUGUCUCUAGAUGGUGUGAUCGCCAGAGAAAAUGGUUUCAUAUACUCCGGUUGCUGUACACCGGAAGUUCAUUUUCCAAUAACCGUAACGGAGAGGCAAGAGAAGACAUUGGUGCAACUGGAAAUAACAAGAGACAAGAAGAGAAAGGUUGAGCAGAUGAUGACUGAGGAGAAUUGUAAGUUGCGUAAGAUGAGUAAAAAGAGAUCGGCUCAGAGAGUAUUGAGUCUAGAUGAUGAUGAAGAUAAGUUUUACAGGCUCAAGAUUCUUUUACCAAACAGCACAAGUGUGACACUCACACUUACUAACCCUGAAUCUAAUAAAAUGUCAAUGAAGAAUUUUGUUAACUUGGUGAAAGAGGAAUAUGAAAAAACCCGUAAAAAUUGUAUCUUGCCUGGUAAGAUGAGGAAGCGGAUUGAUUGGAAUUUGGCUGCUAAAUCAUAUCUCGAGUUUAACGGUGAAAAGAUUAAAGAAAUCAUUCGAUUCGAGAAGUUUAAGCCUGAUUUCUGCAAUAUAAUACGUCUUGAUGAUGGGUCUGGAGAGGCUUCUAUUAUGUAUGAGGUUGAGAUAUUUGAAUCGGAAUGUAAGAUUCCUGAAAUAUAUCAACUUCAGUGCAGACUUAAGGAUAUAUAUUUUCCUUACAUCCAGUGUGAUGAAAUCUCUAAAACUGGGAGGACUGAAAGGCCUGUAGAGUUUCAGGUCAAUGGAGAGGAUUUAGCUGAGUUAACAGGUGGAGAGGUUGCCACUACCAACCUAAACUCCAAGGGUCGAGAAUUUUGGUUUCAGAUUCGAUUCGUUCAUAGUGAAAUGAAAAAAGGGUCAUUGACAUCCCAGGAGGCAAACGCUCGCCUCAAGUUUGCUUAUUUUCCAAUCGUACGGGAAACUGAGAGCAUUUAUAAAGAGAGCAUUAAUAUUAUUUUGGAAAGCUUAGGAAAGGAAGGAUACAAAGCUUCUGAAAGCUUCGAAACUUUUAGUCGUCUUUCUGUAAGAAGACUUGGUCGUCUACUCCCAGAAGUCCCUUGGGUUAGUCUUCUUUGGUCACAAUUUGCUGGUCUUCCUGGAGCAUCAAUUCCGUUUAUGGAAAAGGGAGACAGAGCCACUACUUUGCAGAAAUGUUGUCGAAGGGUGAUAUGCUUUGUCGAUUUGGAUGCUGGUUUUAGCCCAACGCCCUCAAAAACUGAUCUUGCAAGUCAAAACCCCUUCUCUUUGGCUCUGAAAAACUUCGGUAGUAAAUCAAAGGAGAAGGAUUACGAUGUCAAUAUUGCGCUUCAUAGAAAAGGAGAAGCUUUAGUUUUUGGGCAAGUGGAGCGGGAUUAUCAGAACUGGGUUACUGAGAUGCAUAAGACUUAUGAUGAAGAAGAUGCGUCGGGCGAAGAUGACGCAAUCAUUAUUUUUGAUUCCUUGGAUAACAAAGCUCUUUGCAUUUCGCCUGAUUGUAAAGCUGUGAGGGUGCACAAUGUUAUGAAGAGAAAAGGAAUGUCAUGGAAACGUGGACAGAAGAUCAGGAUUCUGAAAGGCGCAUGUGGAGGGGUUCACAAGAAUGACGUCUAUGCGACAAUUGACUAUUUUCUCAUCGAAGGUUUCGAUGACGAAGCAGGCGGUGAUGCCCGGAUUAUAUGCAGGCAAAUCAAUUACUCUGAAGAUGAGGGAUGCAUGCUUUCAAUCACUAAUGGAGUUUCAAGAUUGGAAAUACGAAGUUCUUCAUCUUUUCCAGUCAGUAUUAUUGACUCUGGAAAGUGUCUACUUCUAGAUGCAAUUGAAUGGAAUAGAAAAAUUGAGAAGCAACGGGAAAAGGAUCCAUCGAGAAUUGAUUUGCUGGAUGAGGAAGAUUGCAGAGCAUUGAACAUUAAUGGGGAAUCAUCAGUUGGUGAUUCAGUGCGUGCCGGAGUAACUCCACCGCAACAGAUUGUUGCAGUUGUUCGACCUGCUAGCUUCACAUCUUCAAAAGUGUCGAAAAAGUUGGAUCAGAAACAUAUUGUGAAGAUGGAUGUGAACAUGCUCAUGGAAGUAGAAUUUCAAGACACGAAUACAAAAUUAAGGGAUAAGAAUACCAAACUUUUGUAUUCUCACCACUGUUUACCUACAUCCUCUAGCGGAUUCCAUGGUCUCUACAUCUUUCCACUUGAGUCGAAGCUCCCGAACAUGUUCAAUAAAGCUGGCAUUUACAACUUUUGUUUCUCUAUUGGAAACUUAAUUACUACUACCAAAAAGGUGGUUGUUGAACCUUCUUCGAAGGUGGGAAGUUGGAAACUUGCUUCUAAUAUUGAGUCCACGAGGCAGUAUAAUGUUCAGGUGGGCUCUUCACUUCCUCCUUGCUCUAUCGCUUGCUUUGAUGAAUAUGAAAAUCAGAUUGCUUUCACUUCUGUUCCAACACUGGAAGUUGAACUAAAAGCCAGCCCUGGAUUCCAAAUAAAGAUUGAUAAGAUUGAGGCCAACCUGGUAGAUCAUGGGCUUCUCAAAGUCGAGAAUAUGCUCGUUGAGACUGAUAAGUUAGAUAAUAUCAGGCCAGAUUAUGAGGCAACCUUAGAGAUAUGCUCAAAGGACGAACCAUUUUCCAUCUCAGUUGCUUGUAAAGUUAAUCCUGGGCCUCUGAAGCAUGUUGUUGAGAUGUGUCCAGAGGCUUUGGAAAAUUUGCUUCCAGGUUCUACUGUUCAAAAUUAUAUCUUGGAGGUGUUCGAUGGAUAUAAUAACCAUGUUGCAGAAGAUACUAAUGUUCUGAUAUGUAUUGAGGGCUAUUGUAUGAAAGACUCGAUGGGCUUUAACCGAAAGGUUAAUAGUUGUGGCUGCGUUGAUCUGUCUGGAAUUCUCCAAGUCACAGCCAGCUAUGGGAAAUCUAUAUCACUCUCUGUUAUGUCUGGUAUUGAUGAGAUCUUUAAGAAAGAGUCUCUGAUUGAGAGACGAGAGCUCAGGCUCUUAACAAAGCUGCCUGACUGCUGUGCUGCUGCUUCAAGUCUUACAAACCUCAUUUUCGAAGUGACGGAUUCAGAUGGUGCUAUGGAUACUAGUAUCCAUCAUGACGAAAAAUCAGGAUGUUUCCAUACCAUGAGCAUUGAAUCUGAUUCAAGCAGCGUUGAGAGUGCAAUCAGAUAUGCCUUUGUCCACGGGUCCUGCAAAGUUCCUACUCUUUCCCUACCCGAGAGCGAGGGUCUCUUUUCUUUCAGGGUUUUCCAUUCUCGAUUUCCCGAGCUUCAUCUGACCUUAAAGCUAACGCCUGCUCAAAUAUUUGAAAGAGAUGAGAUUGGGUGUUCUACACCUUAUUCAAGGAUGAGUUUAACACCUCAAUCAAAGAUGGCUUCAACCACAAAUUCACCGGUGGCUCCAACUGAACAAACUCCAUGUUCACAGCUUAGAGUUUUGGCCAUUAGGGCAUCGUCAUCGGCUCUCAGUAGCCAAAAUGGCCUGAUGGAUAUGGCACAGUUCACUGAGAGCUUAAAAGAAAAACUUAUUAAUUACAGUGAAGACAGAGUGGAAGUAGAUGAGCGCCUAAAAUGUUUGGAAGCUGAACAAAACCAGGCUAAGGAAGAGUUGAGUACCUUGCAAGCUUCUCUGGAACCACUCGGUGCUACGUUCCCAGAAUGCCUAUCCACCAAAGAAUCAAUGAUGAAACAGAUUGAAGAGAAGCAUCAUGACACCGCAGCAUCGGUUUUUUGUUGUUUGUACAGAAAGGCCCCUCCUCCACAGUCUCUGUUUCUGUCAAAGAAAGGAGUGUUUAGCCUUGUAGCGCUUCUUGGUUCAGUUGCUUCCACCUCCCUUAGCAGGGUGUUGUCUGAAUAUUUGGGAGAAGACAUGAUGCUCGCUUUGGUAUGCAAAUCGGCAAAAAUUGGACCGAAUAAUGCUGAGUAUCUCAGGCUUCAGUCCAAUCAUCGGUUUCAUGUUCUAUGUCUUGAUGCAAUCAGACCUUGGAAGGAUGGACUUUUGGAAAACGAUCCUCAGAAGAAAUUAGCCAUGGAUGACCCGAAGCUGCCCGAUGGAGAUCCCAUACCGGGUUUCAAAGGCUAUGCCGUGAACAUGAUUGAUUUGGCAACAGAGGAGCUCACUAUACAAACAUACUCAGGAUAUGGGCUUAGAGAGACGUUGUUCUAUAAUCUCUUUGGGAAUUUACAGUUAAAGGAGGAUGAAGAAGAGAAGCUGAGAAAAUUGGAAUCAGCAAGAGACAAAGUGAGAAUGGCAGCGAAGAAGAUAGAGGAGGCGAAGUGUUCAUUGCGUAAGUUAGAGAAAAAGAUGAAGAAAACAAAUGAAAAAUAUCACAAUGCAACAAACUCUUUAGAGCUAGUCCAGUCUCUGUCUUUAGAUUAGACUUAAACUGGACCUAAAACGAUUCAAACAUCGGUUUACGUGUUUGGUUAUCGGUUUGGUUUUGGUGUUUCUUGGGUUGUCACUUUUCUUCUGAAAAUUCAUUUUCUUGUUUCGGUUAAGGGUAUUUUGUUCACCAAUUUUCUAUUUCAAAACUAUUUUUUUGAUAUUGCUGCGAUGAUCAUUUUUGAUAAAUAGAUAUUCUGAAC